GUGUGUGCAUUGGAAAGGUAUUUUGUGGGUCUGCUGCGCUUUCCCAGCGAACACGCCCAAAUAGAUUAGUUAGAUAUAUAGAAGCUGGGGGGAAGAUCUGGGUCUCAUUGUGGCGAGCGACUGCUCCGAUCCAGUCCGGUGUAACCCAGCCUUCCGCUUCAAUGUGGAAACGUGUGACAUGCAUACAGAUGAUGGAUAAUCUGUGACAGUAGGAACGAGUGCGGGAUAUCAAGUCUCCACUGGGAUUUAUAAUUUACGACGGUAUUUACCCCUGAGUACACCGACUGUGUUCACAAGGGUUGCCUUGUCUGCGAAUACCUUGGACUGUCUUUGACCGGGACUCCAAUCAGCGCGAGUAAAAGAAUCGCAGCGCUCCGCACAAAAAUACUUCUCAGCAUGAACCGAAAAACCAGGCGCUGGCUCUUUCAUAUCUUCCUGUGCGUGGGAAUCGUUUACCUUAAAAUAGGCGGAUUCUCUUCAGUGGUGGCACUUGGAGCGAACAUUAUCUGCAGCAAGAUCCCGGGACUGGCGCCCCGUCAGCGGGCAAUCUGUCAGAGUCGCCCCGAUGCCAUUAUCGUCAUCGGAGAAGGGGCUCAGAUGGGAAUUAACGAAUGCCAAUUCCAGUUCCGAUACGGUCGGUGGAACUGCUCUGCGCUCGGCGAGAGAACUGUGUUUGGCAAGGAGCUCAGAGUGGGAAGCAGAGAAGCAGCCUUCACUUAUGCUAUUAUUGCCGCCGGAGUUGCGCAUGCUAUCACUGCUGCAUGCACCCAGGGAAACCUGAGUGACUGUGGCUGCGAUCAAGAAAAGCAGGGCCACUACAACCAGGAAGAAGGCUGGAAAUGGGGAGGCUGUUCUGCAGACAUCAGAUAUGGAAUAGGAUUCUCCAAGGUCUUUAUAGACGCAAGAGAAAUCAAACAAAAUGCCAGGACGCUGAUGAACCUGCACAACAACGAAGCAGGUCGAAAGAUCCUUGGAGAGAAUAUGAAACUGGAAUGCAAAUGCCAUGGUGUGUCAGGAUCCUGUACAACUAAAACAUGUUGGACAAUGCUUCCCAAGUUCAGAGAACUGGGCUACCUCCUGAAGGAGAAGUAUAAUGAAGCAGUUCAGGUUGAACCAGUAAGGACGCAUCGAAACAAGCGGCCGGUCUUCUUGAAGAUUAAAAAGCCACUUUCGUAUCGAAAACCUAUGGUUACAGACUUAGUCUAUAUUGAAAAGUCUCCCAACUACUGCGAGGAAGAUCCGAUCACCGGGAGUGUUGGCACACAGGGGAGAAUGUGCAACAAGACAUCCUCACAAAAUAACAGUUGUGACUUGAUGUGCUGUGGACGGGGUUACAAUACCCACCAGUAUUCCAGAGUCUGGCAAUGCAAUUGCAAAUUCCACUGGUGCUGUUAUGUUAAGUGCAACACCUGCAGUGAAAGAACAGAAGUCUAUACGUGUAAAUGAAAUUGAAUCUUUUAUAGGGAGGACAGCUACACCUCCAAAGGAAAUAUUCCUACGUUUGCACAUCAUCUCAAUCUGGUGGCUGUGAGUUUGCAAAAAUUGUCACGCUGUCUUAUAGAAUGCAAAAUGCUUGAGGAUCCCAGUCCAAUAACAAAGCCACAUCCAAAAGCCCAUCUGGAUUACAAAGCUGUAAAGCAUUAUCUCCAUAAAUAUAUCAGACAGAAUUUAAAUACACAAAAAAAAAACUUAUUUCAAUUAGUCAAUUGAAACGAAUCUAAUAGUCUAUUGAAAUAAAUCCAGAUCUGGAAUGAAAAUGGCACAAAGUGAAGGGCCACAGUGAAAUCAGUAGUAGCUUGGCUUCAACAUAAACCUUUAAAUAUUGACAAUAAAUAGAAGCGAGUGACAAUGCCCCUGUGAGAACCUCUGCUGAGAGUGUGGAUUAUGCAGAUUUAGGCUUCUGCAUUUGUGAAAAGCUUCUGCUUGUCUUGCCUGUCUGGAUCUCACAGGGUUGGCUACAGCAAGUAUUACUGUUUUCAGUUUCCCAUUGACCCUGACUUAUCAGCUUUUUCUUUCCUGGCACAUUUUUUCACAGCCAUUAAGAACACCAUGGCGGACUGAGGGUGGGGUGGGGGUAGGGUGACUUGGACAGAAUUACCGACUACACCAUUAAGUAAAGAGUAAUGACAAUAUUUAACAAUAUAUUUAGAGAAAAGAAAAAAAAAACCUAAUAUUAAUUUAUUUUAAAAGAACUCUACUUAACAUGGGACACUUCUACAAAUAAAUUUUGUGAAAUGAUUUUGUUAGAUGCAGCAAGAAUUGGAUUUGUUUGGCUGUAUAUAUUAGAUUUUGCUCAGAUAUUUCUAAUAGUUGUGAGUGCAGGACUGUUCUGUGUUCUGCGCCAUUGAUUCUUACUGACAGAAGCAGGCAUCUUUUGUAAAUCUUCUCCUGUUUGCCUGCUGGUUGUCUGGACCAUCAAAGUGAAGAUGAUCAUUUUAAACAUACAGAAAAAAAAAUUUGGUUAUUUUCCACUUUGAAUUAUCAAUUAAUAUAAACCAUUUGAACUCAAGCAAAUUUGAUACUCCAGACAAACCCCAUCAUAUGGAAAGGAACCAUAGGUUAAGAGAAUAUAUUUUGUAAAAGACUAUUUUUAUAUGAAUAUUUUAUUUAUACUGUUUCUGCUUGUAUAACUCUAUAACCAGUACUUUUCUUAAACCAUGCAUAAAAGCUGUGAUUAUUUGUAAUAGAUAUGAGAGAAUUUAACAGCAUUAAGACUGAUUAGAUUUUGGAUAGAACAGCAGUCGCCCGGAGAAAUUCAGAUUCAAAUAGUAGAUGCAUCAAAAUGCACAAACAAACUUCCUUAGAUUAGCUCUGUCAGGGUGUGUGUGUACAAACUGGCUCAUUAUUGCAUUUCAAACUGCUUCAUAUGCAAAACAAGAACAGGGUAUGUAGCAUCAACUUUGUUAGUUGGCUUGAAUUCAUGAUUGGUAUUAACUGGAUACUCAUUUCUCCCUUUCAGAGGGGAAAAAAUAAAUUGCUUCCCGCAUGCUUCAGUCAUUAAAAUGUGGGGUUAUGACUAGUAAAUGUGCUGUGUGUGCUCUGAGAUUAAGCUCCAUAUUGUGGAUGUGUCAGAAUGAUUUUGUCAUUAGCAUUGCUUCAGACUGUGACUGUACAAACUGGAACUAUGCACACUGUCUGAUGCACACACAUAACAGACAGAGCUGUUAUCUAUAACAACAAUGAAAAGUGGUCUAUUUCUUUCACAAAGAAUGCUGAGAGUUCAAGAAAGUUUCACAAGAAUACAUUCAAUGUUUGUAGUACUUUACAGCACAGGUAAAUCGUGUAUAUUUAUUUGCAUGCGUACUGUUGCUAAAUGGUCAUUAAACUUUAAAGCUAUAUCAUUUUAAACAAAAUGGCAUAAAAGUCACUGCACAUUCCGCAGCUCAAAACAGAGGACACGCACAUCAGAUGUUAUAAAAUGUCCACGUUCUCCAAACCAGAACACAGUGUCCACUUAUAACCUGCCUGCUUCACAAAUAUUUGCAAGGUUUUUUAAUGUCCAAUAUUUAUAUUGUUUCCUAGGGAUUUUAGGUAUAUGUAAUAAACUUACUGCAGCCUAA